CCCAGGGUACCAAGGGCUUUCCAUCUACAACGCAGGAAAGACAACCAGCUCCCACGCGUUGUGGAGAUCCGCUGUGCCUCCAGCAACAGACUGCUCCUUCAGGCAAAAAAUAAAAACACGGGUUUUGGUGACAGGCACCAUGCGCAAUGACUGACUCCGUGGUCGUAUCCAGGCUCUGCACAGAAAUUUAGUCCGCAUCAUUCCCUGACAGCUCCCCGAGAGAGGGAGAGGAGAGAGGAGAGCAGGUCUGGAUUAUCAGACUGUGAUAGUGCGGCAUGACAGACACGGUGGUGAGCAGCAGCUCCGAUCGCUGGCAGUCCAACGACAGGCAGAGAACCAUGCACGCUAGUGAGAAAGAGCAGGGCAACUGGACCACGCAGCAAGGUCCUGGUCCCGGUCCAGACCUGACUGAUGAAGAGAAGGAGAUUAUUAACAAUGUGAUCGCCCGUGCUGAGAAAAUGGAGGCCAUGGAGCAGGAGAGAAUUGGGCGCUUGAUAAACCGCCUGGAUGACAUGAAGAAAACUGUGUGUGGGGAUGGACAGUCCCGCUGUUUGCUGUGUGGGGAGCAGCUAGGUUCACCUGGGGUCAGCUCAGUGGUGUGUGAGGACUGCAAAAAGAACAUGUGCACCAAAUGUGGUACGCAGUGUGGAAGUCGGCCACGUGCUGUGUGGCUGUGCAAGAUCUGCAGAGAACAGCGAGAGGUGUGGAAGAGGUCUGGUGCCUGGUUCUUCAAAGGAUUUCCGAAGCACUUCUUGCCAUCGCCCAUGCCAUUGUCUAAACCUGGAGACACAGCAGCCCAGGAGGUGGCAGAGCCCAAAGGGCCGCCAGCCCUUAAGCCCAGGCAGGAAGUCACCCAACCACAAGCACCAGGGCCAGAGCAACAGGGCCGUGCUGGCUACCCACCUGUGGCCCCUAAACCAUCAGUGGCACGCAUGGCCACGGGCGGGGCGGGGCCUGAAGAGGCGGGACAGGGCAGCCCGGUGGUGAUGAGGAAGGCGGUGCCCGUCCACAGCUCCAGACCUCAGCCUGCUGCAUCGGCCACCAUGGCCCCGCAGGGUCCAGUGGCAGGAGAUGCAGGGGCUUACUCCUCUGCUGCAGCUCCUCCUGAGCAGAGAGCACCUCCUGCAGCGAGAGAGGAGAGGAGGCAGCCCGCAGCCUACAGCGCCCCCCCCGCCCGACAGCAACCCCCCCCAGCGGAUGAGGAGGAGGACGCCAACGACUAUGACUCUGAUGAAGCAACCACCCUGGGCUCUCUAGAGUUCAGCCUGCACUAUGAACAGGAAAGCAACAGCCUCCACUGUAGCAUCCUCAAAGCAAAGGGACUGAAGCCCAUGGACUCAAAUGGACUUGCUGAUCCUUAUGUGAAAAUACAUCUGCUGCCUGGGGCUAGUAAGUCAAACAAGCUGCGUACAAAGACCUUGAGAAACACCCGCAACCCUGCGUGGAAUGAGACGCUCACCUACCACGGCCUGACUGAUGACGACAUGCAGCGCAAGACCCUCAGGCUGUCAGUCUGUGAUGAAGACAAGUUUGGGCAUAAUGAGUUUAUUGGGGAAACCCGAGUGGCGCUGAAGAAACUGAAGUUGAACCAGAAGAAAAACUUCAACGUGUGCCUCGAGAGAGUUGUCCCUACAAAGAGAACUGCAACAGCCGGGGGAGCCAGGGGCAUCGCUCUAUACGAAGAUGAGCCAGGGAAAGAGGGGGGGGAAAUGGAGGAGCGUGGCAGGGUCCUGAUCUCCCUCAUGUACAGCACACAGCAGGGCCGUCUCCUCGUGGGCGUUGUGCGCUGCGUUCACCUGGCCGCCAUGGAUGCUAAUGGCUACUCUGACCCUUAUGUCAAAAUAUGUCUGAAACCUGACAUGGGGAAGAAGGCCAAGUGCAAAACACAAAUCAAGAAGAGGACUCUCAACCCAGAGUUUAAUGAGGAAUUCGGCUAUGAAAUCAAACACAGUGAACUGGCCAAGAAGACUUUAGAUAUCUCUGUGUGGGAUUAUGACAUCGGGAAGUCCAACGACUACAUUGGUGGGUGUCAGCUUGGCAUCACUGCCAAAGGAGAGCGGCUCAAGCACUGGUAUGAGUGUCUGAAGAACAAGGACAAGAGGAUUGAGCGCUGGCACACCUUGUAUAACGGGAAUCACGUCACUAGUGAUUAACUAAAACAUACAGCAUGAGCUAAACCUCUCUAGUUUGUUUGCAUUCAUUUCCUAAUGCACUUUUCCACCUAUUUUAUUGUGUUAUCUAUUCUCUCACUACCUGUCCAUCAACAACACAGGCUUACUCACCUCCCUUCCCUAAUGUAGUAUACUCUUCUUUCCUGUCCUCUUAUUAACAAUUUGCCUCUGCUGAUACUUAAUCUGCAUCUGGGACAAAUCAUGGCUUAAUUUGAUUAGAUAUUUCAAUAAGACAUGUAUCAAUGAACAACUAGACAAGGACUACCAUUCCUAACAUUGAUGUUGUAUAGUGCGUUGAACUUGAUAAGACAUAGAUAAGAAAAAAGGAAUUGCACUAGCGCAGAAAUAGAAAAGCAAUAUGUUACGGCAUCUGAGGUCAAAGACCAUCGUUGAAAGACUUGAUUGAGCUCACAAAAACAUUCGAUUGUCAGGGUAUAAUUUCUUUGAUUUCUCGUGUAAUGACAUCAUGCUGUAGUGCAACACUUUGAACUGUAUAAGCAUGCCAAGCCACAGACACAAGAAAACAUGCAGCUGCACCUUCAAAUAUUUACACUGUGCCCACUGUCCUGAACAUAUGUAUAUUUCCAUGAAGAAAAUGUUUACAUACCGAUACAUUGCUCAGGUUAGAAUAGAUCUCCGAUACACAGAUGAUUCAUAAGUCAGUGGACCAUGAGCUGGAUGAAUCUUUCAUCAGUUGCUGUUAAUUUGUGACUUAAACAGUUAAACAUUAGGAGUAUGGUUAUUCAAGCUGUGCAUUAAGAUUUGUGGAAAGCUUUAACUGAUAAGAAAACUUUUUUUUUUGCUCAUUGAGAAUUAGCAGGACGAUGGAUUUUUCUCCUGCUACCUCUACUCUUCUGAAGCUCGUGGUUCGCUCUGACACGUCAGAGGUGUUCUACUGUAGUCUUUACACUGAAUGCACACGGUCGGGUCUAACAAGAUUGGUGAAACAAGCUAUGUCAUAAGUAUGUGCAGCUUUACCUGCAUGCACUGUGCUCGUCACUCGGACGUGUCUGAGGCAGUCCGCUCUCACCCCACCGCACAAAGCAGAACCCCUUUCCUCUCUGCCACACCCCUUUCAUAAAGGCUUUAGUGUUUGUUCACUAAUCACAGCAAACCAAGGAAAGCACACCUUACAAAGUGGAAUGACCUCAAUUUAUACAGCUGUUUGCAAGUUAUUCCAAUGUCAAAGUAAAGACAAAAACAAAAAAUCCUAUGCAUGAAAUGUCUUGUGGUUCAAGAUAUAUAUACUUUUAAAGAAAUUAAUGCUAUUGUAAUUCCAUAAAUGUUUACACUUCGUCCCCAUAACAUUCCUGUUAAUACUUUAUACAAGAGGCCAUAUUCUGCAUGACUAUGGUAACUAUAUUGUAAUCUGAAAAAACUGGUCUGAUAGCAUCCACAGGAUAGGCUGAUUAUCAACUGAGCACAUCAGAAAAGACUUGAUCCAACUCUAUCAGUAGCAGAUAUUGAGAUUAAUCUAAUUCUUCGAAUGACACUUUCUGUAAAUACACAUUUAAAUAUCUUCAGUCUCUUUUUCUCUGCACCCUACCCACCAGUAGCAUCAUACACUGUCUUAUGUUGUGCUACUUCAGCAACAUUAACUUAUCAAAUGAUGAUCAACACAAAAAAUAAAAACCAUAGCUGUCUUCUUAUUAAAUAUGCCAGUUCAGUGGAAUGUUUCUUGCUUUAUCUCUAUAUUUGUAUAUAGAUAGUGCAUGCACUGGAAAAUAUGUAUGUUUGCAAAUAACUUUGCAUGUAAAGAUUUUGCAGAGCGUUUACACUGAUCAAUAAAAUCUAAUGAA